AUGCACCUUUCUUCACCCAUCAUUGCCAGUUUGGCAAUUAUUCUUCCAUCACUUGCUCUUCCAGCCUCAAGCCAAGGCAAGGGCGCAGUCCCUGGCGAGUCGUCUCUCUUCGUCAACUACGGUGGGAAGAAGACUCCUCUGGAUCCCGAGUACACCAGAGUCAUCCCACCAGCCAAGCAUGGUGCGCCACAGUCGGAUGAUCUCCUUUUCCAAAACCUGCUGAGUGCAGAAUGGAUCAUCUAUUCCUUCUACCAAGAAGCUGUGGAGACUUUCUCUACUGCCGACUUUGUUAAACUCGGUCUUCCAAACACCACUUAUCAACGCGUCACCGAGAUGCGUGACAACGAGGCCGGCCAUAUUCGCAUCUUUCAAGACCAAAUCUCGGACUACUCCCUGAAGCCAGGACCAUGCCGGUAUGACUUCGGCUUGGGCAACAGCGCCGGGACCUUCCUGGCGCUGCAGGUGUAUAUCGAAGUCUCUAGCAUGGCCUUCCUGACUGGUCUGGUCCGCGAAGCCAAAACCAAAAUGUCAAAGUCUGCCCUGGUGGCAAUUGCCGAGGUGGAAACCCGCCAUAACGUCUGGUCGCUGAUCGAUGUUUGGAACGUCAGUCCCUUCUCUGGUCCUGCCGACACCAUCUACCCGUACGCCAACCAGAUCUUGGACUCCACCAAUGCCUUUGUUCUGCCCGGCAGCUGUCCAGCCCAGAAUCCAGUGUAUCCCAGUCCGCGCCAGAACCUGCCGCAGCUGGAAUUCAACAAAAAUUCAACCACUGGUCGUCCGGGGUCAAAGAUCCAGUUUGUGUUUUCUGAUGUGGAUAAUCAGCCAUCGUUUAAACUGUCGCACAAUUACUAUGUGGUGUUCUAUCAUGGUCUGGAUAUCAUCAGUGUGCCGUUCAACCCGGUGGACAAUACCUCCACUAUUCCGAGGCAGUUUGACUCGUCGAGUAUCAUUAUUGCAGCUAUUGCGGAUCAACUUAAUGCCCCAACUGAAGACAGUGUGGUCGCCGGGCCAUUGAUUAUGCUAGAGCAGCCAGGAACGUUGACAUUGAAGGAACCUAAUGCUGUUUGA